GGUAUACCAGUGCAGCUUAGGUAGGUGGAGCCGAGUUCACACGUGUGGAGGACCAAACUCAUGGCGGGAGGAAUAAUUCUACCUGUUUUUCACUAGUGUUAGCCCAACUGCCAUAUCUUUACUCCCCUGAAGGUAUUUUGAGGAAAUUUCAACCAAAUUACUGAAGGUAGAUCACGCAUCAUCAUGCAGUGUCAACUGAAACCAACACGAAAAAAUGCAGCCGAGUUCAGGGCACCUCACAACAUCGAUGUUCCCCGUGACCAGCCGACCAUUCUUGGACGCAGCCCCGUAACCGGCAUCACGGAGAAAAAACUCUCCAGACAGCACGUUGAAGUGACAGCCAAUUAUUCCUCUCAGACGCUUACUGUAAAACAGCUUGGCCCCAAUGCAGCUUGUUACCAAGGUGAAGAACUUCAGAAAGGAGCCACAGUGAAAUUAUCCAAUGGUGAUUGCUUUGAGCUUCUCAAAGGAAAGUUUGAAUACAGUGUGCACUUCAGCAAUACUGAAACAUCAACUCCAAGCACCUCUACAUCAUCGGGAAGCCUGUCAAGACCUGAACCGAAAGCCAAGGGCAAUGAAGAAGAUGGAUUUGACCAGGAGAGGGAGCAAGUGAAAUCUUCAAAGAAGAGACCCUUAGAUAGUGAUAGCGAUGAUGGUGAUAGUGAACAAGAUGAAAAGCCAGAGGUUAAGAAGAGCAAGACGGAAACGAAGCCUCCAGGAGAUGACAUCGAUCAGAAGCUGGCUGCACUUCAAAGAAAGGCAGAACUGGCUGAACAGAAACGCAAAGACAAGAAACUAAAUAGCACACCCCAGAUCGAUGGAGGAGGAGAAAAGUCUUCUUCCGGAAAUGCGGACAUAUCCGGAAGGGGUAGUACUACCGCCCCUGCUGCUGGAAGUGGGAAACCCAGCACAGUGGAGGAAUGGAAGGAAGAAGGAAAAUUGCUGGUCUACAAGAGUGUAGGAGUGAAAGCAGGCUCAAAGAUAGUUUGUUUUGACAUGGAUGGCACACUGAUCACUACAUCAUCAGGGAAAGUCUUUGCUCAGAACGCAGAUGACUGGAAAAUCAUCUACUCUGAAGUGCCUGGCAAACUAAAGAAGCUUCAUGAUGGGGGUUACAAGAUAGUGAUAUUCACCAACCAACUUGGGAUCAGCAAAGGAAAGCUGACUGUGAAAGAAUUCAGGAGGAAACUUGGCAAUGUUGUGAAAAAGCUUGGAGUUCCUGUUCAGGCUUUUGCUGCUACGUCAGGAGGUGUUUACCGUAAACCUAUGACAGGGAUGUGGGAAUACUUGCUUUCUAAAGGCAAUGAUGGUAUCGCUAUUGAUGUGAAGGCUAGCAUGUAUAUUGGAGAUGCAGCUGGCAGACCAGCAGACUGGGGGCCUAAGAAGAAAAAAGACUUCUCCAUGAGUGAUCGUCUGUUUGCCCUGAAUAUUGGUAUCCCAUUCAAGACACCUGAAGAGUUCUUCUUGGGUUUCAAACCAGCCAAGUUCAACAUGCCAGCUUUUGAUCCGAGAACUGUCUCUACCAGUACACCAUUGUUCAAUCCACCCAGUACAGCAUUGCCUGCCAGUGUACAAGAGGUUCUCAUACUAGUGGGAUAUCCUGCAUCUGGAAAGAGCACAUUUGUGAAAAACCACCUACUGCCUCACAAAUAUGUCCAUGUGAAUCGGGAUACCAUAGGCACAUGGCAGAAGUGCGUUGCUGCUUGCUCCUCUGCUCUCGGCAAAGGUCAGAGUGUAGUGAUAGACAACACCAAUGCUGAUAUUGAAUCAAGAAAGAGAUAUAUUGACUGCGCCAAGAAAGCCAAUGUUCAGUGUAGAUGUUUUUCUUUCACAACUACUAUUGAUCAUGCAAGACAUAAUGAAAAGUUCCGGCAGCUGACCCCUUCUGGGAAGAACCACGCUUCCAUCGCUGAUAUGAUCUUCUAUUCCUUCAGGAAGAAUUUUGUGGCUCCAAAGAAGGAGGAAGGUUACUCAGAGGUCGUCCAGGUCAACUUCCUGCCAUCGUUCAACAAUAGCGACGAAGAGAAACUCUACAAGAAAUUUCUUUUGGAGAAAUGAAGAUAGUGAUUUGUCUGUCAUAUGCUAUAUGAAUUGAGACUUUGGGAAAGAAAUCAGUACUUUGAGAUGAGAUAUUUGAAGCUGCAUAGCUGCAAGUUAGUUAGCUUUAAAUGAACAUUUUGAUAAAAAAAAUCGAAGAACUUCAAGAAGAGGGAAAACAGUUCUCUUGAGUGAAUGAUAUUCAAACCUAAAGUCUGUCGAGUGGAUGCCCUGAUAUUGUUGGACUCAACUCUCGUACAUCCGACUGCUUCAAGAAUGAACAGAAUAUCUACAAGAAUUUUCAUAAAAAGAUGUUGAAGAACUUUGCCUCCAAUCAGUUUUCAUAAUCUGAACAUCCAAAAUAGAUAGCAGUGGAAAAAUAUUUCUUUGACAAGUUGAUAUUCAAUCCAACCAUUUAUGUGAAAGAAAUCCUAACUAAAUGUAAGAUUUUUUUUCCAAGUCAAUAUCGUAAAAUAUAUUAAAGAUCUCUGGGGUCAAGGGAAACAUCACUCUGGGGAGCUUUCACCCUUCAACUGCAUUAAAUAGUUAUUUUAUUUUUGAAAAGAAUAAAAUCUGUGUGACAUGGAUGUCAUGUUAUUAUUUUCAGCAUCAGGAAUCAAUGUAAUCUUUUUUAGGAAAAUACUAA